AUGUGUUAUCAUUAUAUAUUCUUAUUAAUUUUCAUCAAUUUAUCAAAUGGUGAUCAAUGUAAAAUAAAUAAUCAAACUGAGUAUUUUAUAUCAAAAUCGGGUCAAUGUAUAUCUUGUUUAUCUCAUUGUAAUUAUCAAACAAAUGUAUGUUUACAUGCUAAUCUAUUACAUCGUCUUUGCUCAUCGAUUUAUUUUGCUCGAAAUAUUCGGGAAUGCCAACAAAGAUUAACACCAGAAAUCGUUCGAUCAUUUUUACUUACAAAUCAAUCAAAUAUAGUUCAUGAUGAUAAAGAUAAUGAUGAACCGGUGUGCCUGUUUUGUGGAAAUUCUACUCGUGGUCUUCGAUGCGAAUAUUGCCGUCAGCGACCAAAUGGAAAACAACUUUCGCAUUUAAUUGAAUUGAAGACACCAUCAACAAUUUGUUUUGAAUGUUCAUGUUUUGGACAGACAUACGAUUGUCGAACAAAUAUAACCAAUGGUUGUAAGUGUCUUUCACAUUUAUUGGAUCCAAAUUUGGUUGAUUUAAAUCUUUAUCAAUGCCUUUUAAACCGAACCACUGUAAAUAAUCAUGAACAAAGUCAAUGUCGUUCAAGAAUUCAUCAACAAUGUAGUAUUUGUAAACGUGGUUAUAAUGGUGUUACAUCUGAACGCGGUCAUCGAUGCUAUAAAGCAUUACUAACUGAUACAAUUCAAUGUUUUGAUUAUGGAAAUUCUGUAAAAUCAUGUUUAAAUGGUAACGAAAUAAUUAGAAGUGAAGAUAAUAGAACAAUUUCAUUUGAAAUAACUCCAAGUUAUCGCAAUCUUAAUAUUCGAGUUUUAAUUGGAAUAGAAAAUGGUUAUGUUGACGUAAUAUGUUCAAUACGCAAUGCUAAUUUUAUUGUCAAAGAUAAUCAUCAUGUUUACUUUGAACACCAAUCACUAAUUGAUACUGAACCAGUUAUUCGUGAUUAUGAUUUAACAAAUGAAGAUUUAAAUUUUGGAAUUCUUUAUUCCGAUCCAACGGAUAUCAUUAUUCUUCGAAAUUUGUCAUCUCGUCACCGCUUAACAUUAUUAAUAUCGCCAACAGAUAUUGAUUUUACACAAGAUAAUCUUCAUUGUUUAUUAAUUGAUCAGCCCAUAUCACAUGUACGUUUACCAGAUCUUAUUGACCCACAAUCACAAUCUAUGUCAUUUUCACUUUCUGAUUAUCGAGCAAUACACUUAACAACAGGCUCAAUGUUACUAUCAUCCAAAACUAACGGCUUUAUUAAAAUUUAUCAAUCAAGAAUGAAUAUAGAUUUAUUCGUUUUCUUUAGCGUAUUUUUUUCUUCAUUUUUUCUCUUUCUUUCAAUUGGAAUUUGUUUUUGGAAAGUUAAAUUUGCUUAUGAAAUUCAUCGCAGACGAAGAACACUUAAACAUGAAUAUCAUAAACGUAUGGCAAGACCAUUUGCUAAAGUUCAAUUAUUCAUGAAACCAUCAACAAUAGUAUCAAAUGAUGAAGACAAUUCUCAACAGCUUACUUUUCCACAGGCAACAUCAUCCGUCGAUAUUCCACUACUACUCCCAUCGACUCGCACAGAUAUUGAUUAUUCAGCACAUGUUGUAUCUGUUGAACCACUUCGAGAUCAAAAUAAUUGUUACACAACAUUACUUUUUCAUUUACCUGGAGACCUUUCAACACAAUAUCGUCUUUGUGCUGGUACAACACUUGCUCAAUUACCACAAGAUUAUGCUAAUGCACUUUCGAAUGCAAGAGUUGAAGCUGAAUUACAAAAACGAAAUAGGCGACGGAAAAAAUAUAAUGGAAGAAGUGGUCGUCAGCGCAAAGUUGUUGUUAAAAAGACAACAACAGAUACAAGACAACAACAACAACAACAACGUACAAGAAAACAAAAUCAUCAACAGCAACAGCAACAGCAACAGCAACAGCCAAGAACAACACUAGGAACUUAA